AUGACGAAUCUACCCAACAUCAAUGACACUUGGUUCGACGAGUUCAACAGUAUAUUCACUGGAUGCGUCUCAUUAGUAUUCAAUGUAGCUCUCAUGUUUGCAAUUCCAAAAGUGAAAUCCUAUUCGGAUACGGUAAAACGAAUGCAAGUAUUCAGUGCGUUUCUCCGGUUACUAUUCUCAAUUUUAGUUAUUUUUUGUUCGCCGACACUUGCUUACAUCAUAGAAGCAGAAGCUGUCUACAUCGUCAAGGGCGGAUUUAAGUUGCCCAUCAAGUUUGGUCAAGCAAUGCUGAUAACUUUUGUCACAUUUGUCAUAUUUUCGUGUAUGGGUCCACCAAUGCAGUUUUCACAAGUGGCUUUUAUUUUAAAGAAAAAUCCUCGAACCCAAAAACAAAUCGUCUUAAUCACCACUCUAAUCUCCUUCCUAGUUUCCCUAACUGCCGCAUUUCUUAUCACUUUCGGAUAUGUUCCAGAUGCUGCUGACGAUAAACUAUCAGAAGAUAUAGUUUACUAUAUAAACGGAAAAGGCAAAUCCGCUUAUCUAAUCGCUUCAUUAGAACGCUACGAUUUUAAUUUGAAUAGAUUCGUUCCGGACCCGAUAUCCUGGGCGUGUACUCUGUAUAUCGUAGGAGUUUUGGUGCUCACUACAGUAAUCUGUCUGGUUUUCUGGAUAGUUAUAAAGAUGGAGGUUCCUCGAGGAUCUAAAAGUUCCAACGCAAUAAAGUCACAAAAACAAUUGAAUACGGUACUCAUCGUUCAGUUCACCCUUCCCUUUUUAACUAUUCAUAUCCCAUUUUACAUGUCAUUUUUGAUGCCACUAUUUCGUGUCGAGACCUCGAAUCUCUCCAUUUACCUACCGUAUCUCUUCUCUUGGUGUCCUGCAUUGAAUCCAAUUCUGGUUUUUAUCAUGGUCAAGAGCAUCCGAGAACAAGCGUUUUUCAAUUUCCCUUUGAAGUCCGACUCCAGUGCAAUGAACAUGUUUACAAGAGCCAAAUGA